AUGGAGCUAAAUUCUGUUAAAGAUGAUUUUGACCGAGUUACUAAGAAGCAAAAGUCAUCCAGUUCUAAGGCUCGAGAGUUGCUUGAUCAGAUCAGACAGGAAAUUGAACGUGCUUUAGAAUCGAUGCGGUCAGUCAGUAACACUGAUCAAUCGCUUGAUUGUAAAAUUGUCCUGAAUGAGCUGAAGGUUGAGAAAUGUUUCAACCCUGAUAUAUCCAGAGCUCACAGAAACAUCGACAUGGAUACGCGCACUUUAAAUCAAAUAAUUACCAACCAUUUUUAUCGCCAGGGUCCUUUUGAUGUUGGGGACCAUUUUUUAAGUGCAGUUGGAGAACCUGAAUCUGCUGCAAUUAUGAAAUCUCUAUUCCUGGAAAUGUAUCAAAUACUCCAAGCCAUGCAGAAUCAGAACCUGGAGCCAGCACUCAACCGGGCCGCGACUAAUUCUGACAAACCGCUCAAAGUCGAAGGACGUUGUUGA